CUCACUCGAGUUCACCAAGGGAGAGAUCUGUUCUCGUGUUUAUAUUGUGCAAGAUGCAGCACGCACACUACUACCCCUUCAUCUCUCUAUUUUUUGCGACUAUCACCUAAGAAUCUGAAAGAAAAUUUCUUAUUUGCAUUUACCUUUUCUUUUAUAGUUAUGAAAAUGGAAACAAGAAGGUAAUUUCUUUUAUACAUUGGAGGCUAAUGGCCUAGAAAAGUAUGCAUUGCUAAUGGUUCAAUUCAAUCAGUUAGAACAACAUAGAAAAAUAUUACUUACUUAUUUGAAGUUACAUCAUCCAAGGGGAAAGAGAGUUGAUUUUGAGCUUGUUAUUCUGUCCAAUUAUUUGCAGGUUGCAAGUUGGGGCGCUUACCUUCUGUCCCGGAACAUCAUAACAAUGUCGUUUGCACCAAAAGACAGCCAUGAAGCACAGGUGCAAUUUGCUCUAGAACGCGGCGUUCCUGCAUUGAUUGGUGUUCUAGCUUCCAUUAGGCUACCUUACCCUUCAAGAUCUUUCGACAUGGCUCACUGUUCUCGCUGCCUCAUCCCUUGGGGCAGGAAUGAUGGUCUUUACUUGAUUGAAGUUGAUCGAAUUUUGCGUCCUGGUGGGCAUUGGGUUCUAUCAGGACCUCCUAUAAAUUGGGAGAAACACUGGAAAGGCUGGGAGAGAACACGCGAAGAUCUUAAAGCAGAACAAGAUGGAAUUGAGAGCUUAGCAAGAAGCCUAUGCUGGAAGAAAUUGGCACAGAAGGAGGAUCUUGCAAUUUGGAAGAAACCCACUAAUCAUAUGCACUGUAAAAUCAAUCGGAAAGUGUUCAAGAAACCACGCUUCUGUGAAGCACAGGAUCCAGAUAAGGCAUGGUACACCAAGAUGGAGACAUGUCUAACUCCACUGCCUGAAGUUUCUGACAUCAAAGAACUUGCCGGGGGGCAGCUAGCAAAGUGGCCUGAGAGAUUAACUGCAGUCCCUCCAAGGAUUAUUAGUGGGAGUGUCAUUGGAAUUACAGCAGAGAUCUUCAGGAAAGAUAAUGAGUUGUGGAAGCAAAGAGUAUUGCACUACAAGGUUUUGGACCAUCAGCUAGCUGAGCCUGGAAGAUACCGUAACUUGCUUGAUAUGAAUUCUCACUUGGGAGGCUUUGCAGCUGCACUAGUCAAUGAUCCAGUGUGGGUUAUGAACAUAGUCCCCGUUGAGGUAAAGGUUGAAACUCUUGGAGUCAUCUACGAACGUGGAUUGAUAGGGACUUAUCAAAACUGGUGUGAGGCCAUGUCUACUUACCCAAGAACCUAUGACUUCAUUCAUGCUGACGCGAUCUUCACCCUCUACAAAGACAGAUGUGAAAUGGAAGAUAUUCUGUUGGAAAUGGAUAGAAUUUUACGGCCACAAGGGAGUGUGAUCAUACGAGACGACGUUGAUGUCUUAGUGAAUGUCAAGAGCAUCGUAGAUGGACUGCAAUGGGAGAGCAGAAUGGUCGAUCAGGAACAUAGCCCUCAUGUGAGAGAGAAGCUUCUUAUUGCAAUCAAGCAGUACUGGACAGCCCCAGCUGCUGACCAUAAUCAACAAGGGUCUGAGGCAGCUUCAUAGUGACUAUUUGCUUACUAUUUUUUCAAUAUUUUUUGUUAAUAAUUCUUUGAAAGGGAGUCCUUUAUUGGGUAUCACAGUAACAUGAAGUAGCAGCAACCAUUGUGUACUAUUAUUAGCAAUGUGCAAUUUUUUUUUUAAUCUAAG